AUGCCAAUAAACCUUCGACCAUAUCAAGCCGAGCUGGCUGAAGGCGCUGUGAACGGCCAAAAUACAUUGAUUUGUGCUCCGACCAAUUCUGGUAAAACAUUGACAGCAGUUUACAUCUGUCGGCAACGAUGGUACAGUGCUUUGAGGAAUGGUGCAAAGUUCAAAGCAGUUCUAUUCGUACCAACACGAGUGUUGGUUGAACAACAAUGCAAAUACUUCAAAAAGUUCAUGAAACAGCUUAAAGUAAGGAAUAAGUGUUAGAUUUUUACUUAAUUCUGUGCUUUCUUUUAAAGCUUUUGCAUCAGAUCUGUUUUACAAUUUUUGAAACUAAUCUUUCGUUGCGGGACCUACCCUUUUAUUGGGCUUGCACGAUCUGGCUUGUUCGUUAUUUGUUUUGAGUUUAGCCUUGUCCGGAGUGGGCCGGGUCCUGUUAAGAGGGGGGGGGGGGUCGUUCAGGUCUAGGAUGAGGAUAAAAACUAUUUUUUUAAUUUUAAGGCUUGGUUUGGGCUUUGAUUUUUGGGCUUACAUGUGUCGACGCGGCUAGGUCUUUUUCAAACUUCUGGACUGGUCUGGCUAGGUAUAGUAAGCCUUUUUUAGGCCUAUUCUUUACCUUGAUUAUGAAUAAUUCAAGCUUUUGACUUUUUUUUUUAUAGGUAAUAUCAAUUUGUGGUGAUGAUACGACCUCACAGCCUCAACGUCAGAACAUUCUAAACAAUGAUGUCAUUGUUAUGACUCCCAUGGUCUUACUGUAAGUUGUUGAAAUUUGAACGUUUAUUUUUUCGUAUUUUAAAUAACUCUUGUUUAAUGUCGACCAGGAUAAAAAUCUAAAGUUUUAUGUUAAUUUUGGUUUUUUCAGGAACAUAUUGAAUCAACAAAGUGAAAAUGUGAAUGACCAAGUGACAAUCAACAUGUUCACACUAUUGAUCUUUGAUGAAUGUCAUCAUGUUAAUGAAAAACAUCCUUAUAAUGGUGAGUCUAUGGCUUGUCUUACUUUACUUUACCAUGCCUUACCCUACCCUACUCUACCCUACUCUCUCCCUUCCUCUCCAACCUCUCCCCCUCCGCAUUCUUCUCUCCCCCCAGAGACGUCGCUAUGGUUUUUCUGUGUGGGGGGGGGGUGGAGACCCAAAAAAUUUUUUUUGGUCUACAGCUCCUGUGGGCGGAUUUUUCGAAAAAAUUUUUUUUUUAUUUACAGGUAUCUUGCCUGUGGAUUGUUUUUCGGAUCGGCUCUGAGUCACCCCCCCCUCCAACUCUACCGUAUCAUACCUUGCUUUCCUCAAUUGUACCGUAUUGUAGCGUUUCCUACCCUGCCUUACCUAAUCAUACCCUAUUCUACCUACCCUACUUUACCCUACUCUACCUUAUCUUACCCAACCUAACCUAAUCUUUUAAAUAUUUUUAAAUUUUAGAGAUAAUGAACUUUUAUCACGAUCGAAAAUCAUUUGGCUCUUCAGCUGGUCUACCUCAAGUUAUCGGCCUUACAGCUUCAAUUGGAGCAAAAGAUGCGAAAGAUGUUAACGACACUAGAGAUUACUGCUCUAAAAUAUGUGCCAAUUUGGACGCUAGACGUAUCAAUAGGGUUAGAAAGAAUUUGGAUGCACUUGCUAAACAUUCACCAUUGGUUAUGGAUGGUAUGUGUUACAUUACAUUGGGUAUAUGUAGUAAUGUUGAGGGUAUCAUAAGUUGGGGUUGAGCAGGACAAGGGCAAGUAGAUUAUUGUAAAGUAGGGUAGAGAGGGUUAUGGCAGAGAAGAAUACUGUAAGAUGGGCUGUGAUAAAAUGGCAUAACGUAUGGUAGGGUAAGGUAAGGUAUGGUAUGGUUAUAUAGUGUAGGGGCAGUACAGGGAAGGGCACCGGCAUUGCAAUGCAGAACAGGGCAAGGCAGGGCAUAGUAGCUUUGAUAAGAAUACGUAGUAAUACUUUAACUUUUAGAAAUAAAGCUAUGUGAGAACAUGGACAUUGGUUGCAUACACACAUUACAAGUAGAAGCUACUGCCGUGUUAGAAGACAUUAUCAACUACCUGAAAGAGUUACUCAAGGAAUCCGAAAUUACUUCUCUGAAGCGGCAGAUCAAAAACAUUAAUGUGUAUUCAUCAAUUUGUGCUUUACAGAGAACGGUAGGCUUGACUCAUAUGGACGAUUACAAAAGGCAGAAGGCUAAUGACAUGAUCGAGUGGAUUAAGGUGAGGUUUUCGUAAAAGUGGAAGUUAAGACCUGACUGUGCGGCAAUUGGCUAGGGCACGGUAUCGUAUGACGUACUGUAGAGCAAGAAAAGAGCUAUUUUUUACGAUAGAAUGAUAAUGAUAUUACUGUAAUACUAUUGCAAGAGGUAUUAAGGGUACAGUAGAGAUGGGUACUGUAGUAGGAAUUGGCAUGAAAUAUGGUAGGGUAAGAUGUGGGGUAGGGCAGACCAUUUCAUAACGUAGGAUAAAGCAUACUAUAAGAUAAUAUUGGGUUAAGAUGAGCGCUUAGAAAGGCUGAAGGUAAGGUUCAGCGUAAGGUAAGGCAAGGCAAGAUAAGGUAAGGUACGUUAUGACAGAGUAGGGUGAGGUAAUGUAGAGUAGGGUAGGGCAUAUGGUGCAGCUUUAUGACCUACAGUAUUUUUUUCAGAUUGUAAACAACGGUCUUUGCGUGGCCAGAAUUCUGGACAAGUUUACAGCUGUUGAAGACAUCAAAAAAGCUUAUGAAGCGUUGAAACACAGAACUGGCUAUUCCAAUCAACAUUAUACUAGUAAAAACUUCUUUGAUUUUAAAAAUAUGUAUAGGGUUUCUAGCAAAAUAUUGAUUUUAGAAGCAUUCUACUCUAUCGUUCUCUAUAUUACCUUUUAUUUUAUGCUUUGUGUUAGCUAGACUGGGUCAAAAAUUAGAUUUUGAAAAGACUGUUAUAAUAGAAAAUUAAGUUUUUGUUAAUACAGUGAAUUUUAGGCCUGAUUGAACGACUAGACCAAGAGCAAGACUUUAAAUCAGCGCCUUUAACCGAGCUUUUCAAACUCAUUGGAUCAACCUUUGUUCAAAACAAAGGCUCAAGAGUACUAAUCUUUGUCGAAACUAGAAACUCAUGUUAACUUUUGGCCGAACGAAUUGCUCACUACACUAAUAUAGAGACCAAGUACUUGACUGGCUAUGCCUCGGCCGAAGAGGCCGGCCUGAACAAGGCCAAGCAGAACGAGGUUGUAAGGCAGUUCAGGGUGGGAGAGAUCAAAAUCAUGUGUUGUACUUCGGUGGCUGAUGAAGGUUUGGACAUUCCGGAGUGUAAUGUUGUCAUAAAGUACAAUGAUACUACUAAUGAAGUGGCACAUGUGCAAAGAAAAGGUAGGGUGGGGUUAUCUUAGAGAAGAAUACUGUAAGAUGGAUUAUGGUAAAGCGGCAUGUGGCUUGGAGGGGGGGGGAGGGUAAGGUAAGGUACUGUAGGAAGGUACGGUACAGUAUAGCAGGGUAGGGUUCUGGUAGAGAAAAUUACUGUAAGGUGCAUUAUGAAAGACAGGCAUGAAAUACGGUAAGGUAAAAUAAGUUAAGGUACCGUAUGGCAGCAUAGGGUGGAGAGCUAGGGUAGGGUAAGGUGGAGUACGGUAUGGUAGAAUUACCGUACUUACUAGAAGAAAAAUGUAAAAAUAUUUUGGUACGUUUUAGGUCGUGGACGUGCCGAAAAUGCCAGAUCGAUUCUGAUUGCUGAAAAUGAUACUGUAAGGAGAAUGGAAGAAUCAAACCAGCUCAGAGUCACAUUAAUGAAAAUGGCACUUGAUGAAAUUGAUAACAACCGUAUUUUGUUUGAAGAAAAGGUGAGUUUUAAUAUAGUAUACAACGUUUGGUUUUUAGGUUGAGAAUUAUAUAUCGUUGAACAAUGAAGAACGUAGAAAACGAAGGAUUGCAGCUGCUGACGAAUCGCGUGCCUACAGAAACAGGAGGAAUGAUUAUGUUAUAGCUUGCAAGUAGGGUUUUUUUAGCUUAUUGUACUUUAUCUUACCCUACCCUACCCUACCCCGCCCUACCCUUUCCUACCGUACUCAACCCUACCCUAUCUUACUCAAUCUUACUCUAACAUAUCCUACCUAGACAUGAGGAAUGGGCCGUCCUUGCCUUAACCCAAAGUUACUUCGGGCCGGGACUGAAAACCAAGGCCCGGCCUUAGAAAUCCCCGCCCGAUUGCACGUGUAAAAUAAAAAAAAAUUCGGCCGGGCCUAAUUUUUAGGUUCUGCUUGUUCCUCAUGUAUAAUUAUACCUUAUCUGUCUAAUUAUACCUUAUAUUACUUUAUCCUGUCUUACAUUACCUUACUUUAGCCUAUCGUGCUCUAUCCUGACCUACUUUAUUCUACUUUUACUACUCUGUUUUGCUUUGCUCUUCUUUAUACCAAUUUAGCUAACUAUCUUGUCUUACUUUAAUAUAAUUCACUUUAAUUUUCACUUACCUAUCUUAUUUUACAUUAGCUUGCCUUUCUCUACCUUUACUACUCUGUUUUGCUUUACUUCACUUUGUACUAGCUUACCAUGGUCUAUCCUAUCUUACUUUAUUAUGCCUGGCUCUAUACUACUUUUUAUUGCUACAAAAAAUUAUCUUUUAGAAACUGCAAUGCCUUCAUAAUUCACUCGACAAAGUUGUUCAAGGAGAAAAGUUUCUAUGUGGCAGCAGACGAAGCCAUUUGGGAUCGGGUUGAUACAUCGGAGUAUGUAAAAAUUGACCGGUUGGAAUCAGCUGAACCGACGGUGGGAAAGGUAAGGAUUUUCAUGUAUUAUUGUGAAAGGUAUACAUUGUAAUGUAUCAUAACAAUAUUUUCUUUGCAAUAUGUAAUGGCAGUGUCCAUCGAAAUGAUGUUGUUCUGCUGAACACUAGACCUAACGGUCUCUAAUGAUCCGUGCGAUCUUUCUGACAUUGUUAUGUCAUCUUGAUCAGUUUCUUCUGACUUUCGGCCUUCAGGCCUGGUAUUGAAUUUAAGUAUGAGGCUUAAGAAUGCGUAGUAUAAGACUUAUAACUGGCUAGUUUAAGACCUAUUACUGACUAGUAUAAGGCUUAUUACUGGGUAGUAUAAGGCCUAUAACUGGCUAGUGUAAGAUCUUUUUAUCGAAAUGAUAAUGUUCUGUUGAACACAAGAUCGAACGAUUUCUAACGAUCCCGUGUGAUCCUUCUGACACCUUUGUGUCCUUCGAUCAGUUUAUUCUGAUUUUCGGCCUUCAGGCUUUGUCUUUUGGCCUUCAGGCUUGGUAUUGAAGUAUAAGAUCUAUUACUGAUGAGUAUAAGGUUUAUUAUUGGCUAGUAUAAGACCUAUUACUGAUAAGUAUAAGGUCUAUUAUUGGCUAGUACAUGACCUAUUACUGAGAAGUAAAAGAUCCUUUACUUGUAACGUAAACUUUUGACAUGUGAUGUCUUGCUUUGUAUUUUAGGUCAAAAAAGAAGUCUUUAGCAGGUCUCUAAGUCUGACAAACCCAAAUGAGGUAAUUUUUUCUAUUUUUGUAUUGUCAUUUCUUUCUAUUUUUAUGGAUAACAUAUGAUUUUAAUACGAAAAUAUGAUUUUUUUUUGAAAAUUAUGUUUGUCUGGUCUAGUUAUAGCUAUGUUUUGCUCUUUAUAAGCUUUUUGGUACCUAAAACUUUGGUUUUCAUAUUUUAAACCGAGUUUUAUUUGAGAAACCUUGCCAAUUUUAAUCAAAUUUGUAAGCUUCGGUUUUACAAAAGUUUUGUCGUUUUUCAACAUAAAAAUGAAUGUAUUUUAACGACAAGACUUUUAGUACAUUGAUAAUGUUCAUUAUUUUACUUGUGUUACAAUUUUAUAUUCUCUAACUAUAUCCUAAACCAUUUUCAGAUCAAAUGCAAAAACCAAACGCCCCACGGCAAAUGCGGCCACGUAUUAGGAUCAGUGGUUGUCUGCAAACCCAACAAAACCUUCCUGCCGAUUCUUUCCUGUAGCGAACUCGUCUUCGUAGAAGUAUCACUAAACUACAAUCGAACAGUCACUCCCAGCGGUCAACGAGAACAAAAGAAGAAGUGGGUCAAGGUGGAGGAAUCCCUCUUCAAGCCUCGAGAACUGACUUCGUAUGAACGUGCUGUGAUGGCCAAAGUUCGGCCGAAACUGGAGUUUAGUAACGAACUAAGCCAAGUCAUGAGGUCCUGGAGUGAAACUUCGAUUAGCUCGGACUUUGAAGUGAUUGAUAGGGUCAUGUAA